GCAGAAACAACAACUACAGCUUCCAACAGCAGCGAGUGGGUAAAGGACGAUGGCAUCUGGUGAGCAGCAUUGUGACACACAGGAAGAUGAAAAGCUGGAACGCGAGGAAGUCCAGAAGAGCAGCAGUGCUCACACUAGAGUCAGUGUUGGUCUGAAUGCUCAGACGAGAGCGACUGUAAUUGCUCCUGUACUCACUAAUGUCACAGGCCCAGUGACCAUCAUCAGCAACACUGCAGGACACGAGCCACAAAAAAUCUCAGAGACAGAGACGGCAGAGAAACACACCGAAAAACAAGCAGAUUUGAUUCUAAAAAAAUUCUUGGAAACUCACAAAUCCAACAUGAAGAAUAAAGCAGGACAUAUUGUUGAGGGCAAAGAAAAAGCACAUCUCCAGGAUGUUUACACAGAGCUCUUAAUCACAGAGGGAGAUAUGAAAGAUGUUCAUCAGGAACAUGAGAUUCUGAAGACUGAUGAUGCUUUCAAGAACAAAAAAACACAGGACAAUCCAAUCAAAUGCAAUGAUAUAUUUACAUUAUUAAGAAAAAACAGUGAGAAAAAGAUUGUUCUGACCAAGGGAGUCGCUGGCAUUGGAAAAACUGUCUCUGUGCACAAGUUCAUCCUGGACUGGGCAGCAGGAGACGCCAAUCAGAAUAUACACUGUGUGCUCCUGCUUCCAUUCAGAGAGAUGAACUUAAUGACCAAUGAAGAUUUCAGUCUCCACGAGCUUCUGCUGGAAUUUUAUCCUGAACUGGAGGGCCUGGAGAAAACAAAGUUAUAUAAGGAAUGCAAUCUAGUGUUUAUAUUUGAUGGACUUGAUGAGAAUCGUCUGGCUUUGAAUUUUAAAACUAGAGCAUCACCAAGAGCCAUUGUUGAGAAAAGAUCAUCUGUAGCUGUGCUGUUCACAGGUCUGGUCAAAGGGACUCUGCUUCCAUCAGCUCUGGUCUGGGUGACCUCACGACCAGCAGCAGCCAAUCAGAUCCCUCGUCGGUAUGUGGGUUUGUUCACUGAGGUGCGAGGAUUCACUGACCAACAGAAGGAGCAGUACUUCAGAAAGAGAAUCAAAGAUGAGACUCUGGCCUCCAGAAUCAUCCCACACAUUAAGACGUCUCGUAGUCUCUACAUCAUGUGCCACAUUCCUGUGUUCUGCUGGAUCACAGACACAGUACUUCAGGAUAUUCUCAUCAACAACAGUGAAGAGAGCAUCAGCACAACACUCACGGAAAUGUACAUCCAUUUCCUGCUGAUACAGAUGAACAUGAAGAACCAGAAGUACGAUGAACAAGAAGAAAGAGAAUGUGCAAAGAACUUAGAUUCAAACAGACCAAUGAUUUUGAAGUUAGCUAAGCUAGCGUUUGAACAAUUGAAGCAGGAAAACAUUGUGUUCUAUGAGAAAGAUCUGAAAGCAUGUGGUAUUGAUGUGAGUAAAGACACUGAGUUCACAGGAAUGAUCGCUGAGAUCUUUAAGAAGGAAAAGGGACUUCAUGAGAAGAAGGUCUUCUCCUUUGUGCAUCUGAGUGUUCAAGAGUUUCUCGCUGCAGUGCAUGUGUUCCUCUGUUACCUGAACAAGAACAUGCAGGAGCUUCAGUUUUUCUUUGAUAAGCCAGAAGAAAAUUUCACAUUGCAGGAGCUACUGCAGGAGGCUGUUGAUAAAGCCAUGGAGAGUCAGAGAGGACAUCUGGAUCUGUUCCUGCGGUUUCUGAUGGGUGUUACACUGGAAUCCAGUCAAAACCUGCUCCAAGGCCUGAUCACACACACUGAAGACACCACAGAGAGCAUCAGACAAACAACUCAAUACAUUAAACAAGUACAAGAAGAAGACUCUAUCUCAGAUGAAGCUUUAGUCAACCUAUUCUACUGCUUGCUUGAGCUCAAGGAUCAUUCAUUAUAUGAGGAAGUCCAGAGAUGCCUCAGUUCAGAUGCACAUCCAGGAAGAAACCUCUCAUCUUCAAUGUGUUCAGUGCUGACCUACAUACUGCUGAUGUCAGAGAAGGUGCUGGAUGAGUUCAACCCAAAGAGAUUCACAUCACAAGAAAACUACGAGAGACUCAUUCCAGCUAUGAGAUGCUGCAGAAAAGCCCUAUUUGACGGCUGUGGUCUUAAUGAGACAUGCUGUAAAACUGUAUCUUCAGCUCUUCAGUCAUCAGACUCUCAUCUGACAGAGCUGGACCUGAGUAACAAUCACCUGCAGGAUUCAGGAGUGAAGCUGCUGUAUGAUGGACUGAAGACAAACUGUCAGCUGCAGAUACUGAGGUUUGAUUUCAAACACUUUCAUUGAUUUUUACCCCCAUUAAAUUAAUCAUUAAAAAUCAC